AUGCACACACUUACAAACAACGACGCGCAGACGCGUAUACAUAAGGCCUUCACGCACACACUAACAGAGUUAACAAUGAAGGCUGUAGCGCAAGGGGCCGGGGACGCACACACGCGCGUCACUCCGAAGCAGCGGGUGCCGAAGCUCGGGGCACUGGCGGGCGAGCUUUCCCGCCGCGAGGUACUGCGAGCUCGGCCCGCACCGCCCGCCUUUACAAACCACUUGUUGAAUCUUUAG